CGCACAGCCAUUCGAGCGCGUUCUCACCUCCACGCUUCCACACGCUUUUCCUCAGCAUGGCCCACUACCGUGAAGGCUCCGAACAAGAGGAGGAGGAAUUCGAAGAAGACAAGUGGGAUCACAGCGGUAAUGGCGAUGGCAGCGGUUCUGGGGCCCACGGAGAUGGAGAGGAUCAGAGUGACCAGGGAACCCCGCAUCUCGACACAUCCACAGAAUCUGAGCACAACAUGGGACGUGGUGUCUCGUGCGAUCUCUGGCUCACUCGGUGUAUCCGAGAGAAUGAGAAGAAGAAGCGGAAGAACGCACGGUCAACAGUCCUAACAAAGCAUGGCCUUUUCUUCCACGAGAACUCCUCAAUUUCCGAGCUCCUUGAAGCAGCUUUCGACACCGCUGGAUGCAAGGACACCCUCCCAUACAAAGUUGUCGCAAAGAAGCUCCGCACCACUGCCUUCAUAGUGACAAUGACCGUUCUUCACACGGGCUUCAAGGAUGUUGCUAUCAACGUUGAGAAGGAUCUCAGGGACAUCAUUUCUGCAAUGGAGGAGAAGGGCAAGAGUCGUGUGAGAUUGGAGGUCACGGAGAUUGCACAGGCUUCGGACGACACUCAAGAGCCUGAGGCGCAGGAGGAAGAUGAGGGUCCCUCAAAGAGGCGGAAGCGGCAAAUCCCAGCUGAAGAAGUAGCCAUGGCUGAGAAGAUUGUGGAGAUCCAUCUCGCCAACCGUUGUAAUGACCGCACCUGUCGACAACGCACUUGCUUUACCGCCAACGAGCUCGGCACACAUGUCAAUGUCACCCCGAUGCUAGCGAAGAUCUGGGCUGCAGCUUGGAUUGCUGAUGAAAAAGGCACAAUAUCUGCGGAGAUGCCUCCGGGUCCUGAAACCGAGAAGGUGUUCUGGCCGCUUGCUCUGGACGGACAAGACAAGUUGGACAAGCCCAUCGAUGACAUCGCCCUGCUUGCAUCUCGCUGCUUGAACUCCGCUAACAAAGCGACAACAUCACCAACCGUCACAAUCAACAAUGACUUUGCUGCAUUUGCCUCCCUCCUCCAGCCUCUCCUGCCCGCAACCGCUCAAGCACCACAGACUCCUACUCCCGCUUCUUCCACUCUAUCAGCCCCGAUUCAUAUUACAUCCCCUGCUAAGCCUGCCGCAAUGACGUUCGAAGCAUUCUGCGAAGCGUUCAAGCUUCCACCGGAGAUUUUUCAGUCGCUUGAGGGAAUCCACAUUGAUGGUCCGCAUAUCCUGCCGUAUCUCACCAAUGAGGACCUUGACAAGUAUCUUCCGCUGGGUCUGCGUGCCCGUUUGCGCUUUGCGCAAGCUGAAUGGAGAAAGGGCAAGGCCUCGGUGGAUGGAUAACAGACCGUCAUUUGGUAUCACUACUUACGGACUCUCAUCGGACAUUGCAUAUUGUUACGGACUCUCAUCGCAUGUUGUAUUCAUGUCUACUACAUUGUUGUAACCAUUCCACUGUACUCUUCUGUAACCUUUCCAUAGCAAUGAAACAUCCAAUCCACGUAUAGUAACAGAGCAAUCAAAUCAGUCCGCUGUGUCGAAAAAAGCCCCAGGUCAUCUCAGGUGUAAUUAUACGACAUGCGAGGUGUAACUCCAAAUAAGCUUGUCUUGAGGAGAAAGCUGCCAAUCCAAUGCGUCGGAGAUGAGACUUGAUGGCUGACCAGGCUUGUUCGAUUGGAUUCAGGUGCGGGGAGUAUGGAGGAAGGUAUUCGAUUCGGCAGCCUAGCAGAGAUGACUCCAAGUAGGAAUCUGAUGAAUAGAGCGCACCAUAAUCUUCGACAAGCUGCUGGAUGUCAUCUGAGUGGUGUAUCUUUGCGUUAUCAAGCACGAGGACACUACAGGGACCAGGAUAGGGAUUCAUCAUUGGCAGCUUGAAGCAUUGAGCAUGAAUUGAAAGUCAAGAGACUGCCCACGCACCAGGUCCUUCUCAAGGAAGUCGUAAAAUGUGUCAUGGUCUGAAGAUCCCUCUAUCACCCGCGUCGCAAUCAUGCCCUUGUCCAAUGCCAUCCCACCUAUCACCGUAUACCGCUUCUUCCGAACGAAUGGUUGAUACACCUCCACGCGUUGUCCGAUUGGGGCACGGCCACCAAGUCUCGCAUAUGUUCUAUCAUCCUUUGCCAUCUCAUCAACCGCCACCAGGUAGUUGGCGGGAUAUUCAGCAAUCCGUGCAAUAAAGUCUCCCUCCAGCACUGGGUCCCUCUCUGAAGCCAUGCGCUGUAUCCGUUUCACGUUGAUGCCAGCACGGCAGAAGGCGUAAUGGAUGGUGGUGAUAUGCACUGGACAGUGCCGAAGGCGCGCGAGAAGGUCUUGGUACUCAUCGAGAAAUUUGGCGGGCUGGUGCUGCGAGAUUCGGAUGAGAUAGUCGAGAUCGUACUUGUGCAGGAUGGGUUUGCGUCCCCGGCGGCCUGCAAUCUGGGUGGUGUCGGCAUUGCCAGUUCGUCGAUACUGGGUGACAGCGCGUGUGAGUGUUCGGGUCGAGAAUCCACAUAUGUCGGCAAUUUCACGUUGAGAAUGCCCCCCGCGCUUCACGAGGCGUACAGCAAUGGUCUUAGCGCUGUCGAGUUUCCGGCAAACCAUCUGUGCGCUGUCAACCCUAACCCUCACACGCAGACACACGACUAGAUUUUUUUUUCUU